UUGAUAUUAACCAAUGAUAUUAACCAAUGGGAUAUUAACUCACUUUCAGCUACGGACCUGCUGUGCAAUAUAUUCAAAUGUAUGCGCCAGGCAUGUAGUCGUUCACUGAGUUUCAACGUAAGCAAAGAAUUGAAACUAUGAUCGUAUUUUAUAGGAAUAUACGGGCUGUUGUGGUGAUAUCAUGUUACCUUGUCGCGUCCUGCGCUUUGUCUGCCAGCAUACCUAAUGCAAAAAAGACCAAAGUUUGGGGUCCAGGUUUAAGGACAGAUAUCGUACUACCUGCAAGAUACUUCUUUAUUCAUGCUGCCGAUAAAAACGGAAAGCUUUUAAAAGAGUCCCCAGGAGAUAACACGUUCCAGGUUGAAUUAAGUAGGAGAGGUGGAGAUAGAGUAAGAGCCUGGAGGCAAGUGCUUGAUCGUCACGAUGGCUCAUUUCUUGUUUUGUACCGAGCAUACGAGAGUGUUGACGAGCUCUUCAUUAAUGUUAAAUACAAUGGAAAGGAUGUAGCAGAGUCACCUUAUGUAUUGCAAGAAUUUUACCAUGAGAACUGUGAUUGCCCUCAAAAAAACAGCAGCGUUUGGAGCGAAGCUAUGGGAUGUCCAGCAACGUACAAACAGAUUGACAAGGAUCUUGCCAAGUUCAAAAAAAUUGAUCGUGGAAAAGUGGCUAAAGAAGCCAUAGAGAGAUUUGGACAGCAUCAUGCUCUUGUUCACUAUCGAAUUAUUAAAAAUAAAAUAUAUCGCAAAACAUUUGGAAAACAUGUUGGGUUUGCUCAAUUCAUGGAUUCCUGGUUGUAUUCUUUAAUGCGCAAGGUAAAACUACCAAAUGUUGAAUUUUUUGUCAACCUUGGUGACUGGCCCUUAGAGAAAAGACGCUCUAGUCCGCUGCCCAUUUUCUCCUGGUGUGGAUCCGAAGAUUCAGAAGAUAUUGUCAUGCCAACCUAUGAUAUAACACAAUCUGUUACUGAAACUUUGGGAAGAAUCUCGUUGAGUAUGCAAUCCGUGCAAGCUAACACUGGCCCAAAAUGGCAGGACAAGAUACCCAAAGCAUUUUGGCGCGGGCGAGACAGUCGACAGGAACGAUUAGAUUUCGUUGUCAUGGCCAGAAAAAAGCCUGAACUUUACGAUGCAGCCUUGACAAACUUCUUCUUUUUCCCUUACGAUGAGGCGAAAUAUGGCCCUAAAGGACAGCAUGUCUCUUUCUAUGAUUUCUUCAAGUACAAGUACCAGAUAACCAUCGAUGGGACAGUGGCUGCGUACAGGCUCCCGUAUCUGUUGGCAGGAGACUCGGUAGUUUUCAAACAGGAUUCGGAGUAUUAUGAACAUUUUUACAAAGAACUCGAACCUUGGGUACAUUACAUUCCUUUCAAAAGAGAUUUGAGCGAUCUUGAGCCGAAUCUGAACUGGGCAAUGGCCAAUGAUAAAAAGGCAGAGAAAAUCGCUUUGCAAGCACGGGAAUACGUCCGCGAGAGGCUCACUCCAGAACAUAUAUAUUGCUAUUACUAUGUGCUACUAAAGAAAUUUGCCAAACUUCAGAAAACGAAACCGAAGGAAUAUGACGAUAUGGAGUUCAUUGCCCAACCAACCGACGAUAAAAGUAGUUGUGAAUGUAAAAGGAAAAAGAAAAAGCAGGCGAAAAGCCACGACGAACUAUAACGACGACUUAGGACGAUAUGCUCCGAAAAAGCACCGUUUCUUUGGUCUUCCCAAUUGAUAUAAACUAGCUAAAUAUUUUUUUAAAUUAUGUCUCGAAUUGUUCUUUAUUUCUUGAUAUUGACUUGUUUAGAUCUUGUUUAACAAGUUUCAACCAUUUCGUUCUAUAAACUUUUUUACAAUUCUUGUAGUUUUCGUUAACAUUUCAAAUACAAUCGCGUUUAAGAUUUUUUCCCUAAAUCUCCAUGUCAAAACCAUGCAUAACAUAUUUUACGACAGAUAUUUUAUGAUAAUUUAAUAUUUUUUAUACAAAAUUCAAGGGGCGGAAU